UUUACGUAAAGCUGGCGCUCCGGUUUCCCUGGCGGAGAAGAUGGCGGCUCCUGGACCGGGGGAGUAUUUCAGUGUCGGGAGCCAUGUAUCUUGCCUCACCUGUUUAGGCCAACGUUUGCAGGGCGAGGUGGUGGCUUUCGAUUACCCGUCCAAGAUGUUGACUCUGAAAUGUCCUUCUUCAAGUGGUAAGCCCAACCUAAGUGAUGUCAUCCUGGUGAAUUUAGCCUACGUUUCAGAAGUGGAUGUUAUUAAUGACCGCACUGAGACUCCACCUCCUCUAGCAUCCUUGAAUGUUAGCAAGCUUGCCAGUCGGGCGAGGAUGGAAAAGGAAGACAAGUUGUCCCAAGCCUAUGCAAUCAGUGCUGGGGUGUCAAUUGAGGGCCAGCAACUAUUCCAGACUAUACACAAAACCAUCAAAGACUGUAAAUGGCAGGAGAAGAACAUCAUUGUGAUGGAUGAUGUCAUAAUCUCACCACCAUACCAGGUGGAGAACUGCAAAGGCAAAGAGGGAAGCGCUCUAAGUCAUAUACGCAAAAUUGUUGAGAAACAUUUUAGAGAUGUGGAAAGCCAGAAGUCGAUGCAACGUACACAAGCACAGCAAACACAGAAGGACUCGUCUUUAUCCUCCUGAGUGUGGGGGUAUAGCUCAUCUGGGGAGGGCACCAUGGGCAUCAAGAGCCUAACAGCUGGUCGAAACCAGCGCUCUUCUCCCCCUCCUGUGGCGUAGUCUGAGGGUGGAUGCACCAAGGGCCAAGGGUCUGGAAGAUCAACAAAUGAAACAAAACAAAAAACAACAACAAAAAAACAUUUAAAAAAAGCAAAAAUGUUUUAAUAAAAAAAAGUGAGAGUGAAAAGGUCAUUCUAAAUUAGAAUUUAUAAAGAUAAUUUAAAACACCAACCAUCAAACAACCAUAGUUUCUUUGACUAAGUGUCUUAUCCCUUCUCUGCCCCUUCUUUCUUCUACUCAUGUUUUCUUCUCUUACAUCCCUCCUUCGCCUUCAAUUCCAUUUUGUCAAAGAUCAGAAAAGCUUGUUAGUUUUCUCUUUCUUUGAUGCUUUUUUUUUUUUUCUCUUGGCUGUUUAUGUUCUUCAAGUGUCUGUCUUCUGUAUUUUAAACAAUUGUGACUUCAGAUUCCACACGUUACAAGGACAUUUUCUAAAAUAAAACAGAAAUUCUGACUGGAA